AUGUCUGACCAGGAGGAAAACGUUGGGAACUCCGGGUACUCGACCCCGGUACCCGAACUUGACGACCACCGCAACCAGUCUGUCUCUGUCCAACGACCUGAUCGUCCUCGGCGCGGAACAUUCGAUUCCCUCUACGGCCCAGGACAAGUCAUUGAGACAGGCCCAUCCCAUGGCGACUCGUACCAGGGCACAAGGGUCCGAGAUUUUGAGGAAGCUGUUGUCGAUGAGGAGGAUCAGGAGCACUCGCCAGUCUACAGGAGAGACCGCCGAGGAACCGUGGAAUCUCAGGUAGACGUCCGGUCUAUCUCACCCCCGAACUCGGUCAAGGCGUUUGCGGAAGCGCGCCGAAGAGAGCGUGACCUCUCCUUCUCUGAACCGACAAGACCCGAGCGUCGAGUUGAAGAACCACCCGAGUUGCAGCGGACUGCCUCUGUCGUCAGUCGCCAUAGCUACCGCAGCAAGCAGCCGACCGUGAUUGAUGACACUGCCAGCUUGGCCACCAACAAGUCCGCGGAGGAAGACGUCUGCUUCCCCUUGCAAGAUGAUCAUAGGGAUGACAACUUGCAUAUCGAUUUCCACUACCUGGAGACCUUUAUCAAGGCCGAGAAUGAAGCUCGCCAGUCAGCCCGUCGCCCAUCCGCCAUCCGUGUUUUCCCCGAUUUACGGCCCGCCGAACCGGAUAUCACCCCCACCGUGCCAAUGGUGACAUUGGAUGGGGAUAUCCUUUCAGCCCCUCCCGAGACAGAUAUCCGGCGGGAGAAGAGCCAUGAGUCAGACGAUGACUCGGAGGCCAAAAAGGCUGUACAACCACCACAGCCUCCGAUCGACCAGAGCCGAGUUAGCUUCUUUUCGUCAGCAUGGGAAUCUACGAUCCACGCUGCCGAUUUGGAGGGUUUGAUCUUGCCCGGGGAAGAUAUCAGAGGGCUCUUCAGUUUUCCGAAGGGGGAGACCGAUGGAGUCUGGUGGCUCAACAUGAACAACCCCUCCGAAGAGGAGGUUCGUGCCGUCUGCAGAGCUUUCGGUAUCCAUCCCUUGACUAUUGAGGAUAUCACUACUCAAGAAUCGCGGGAGAAAAUUGAGCUUUUCCCGUCAUACUACUUCGCCUCGUUCCGAUCAUUCUUUAUCGAAGUUGAGGAGCCAACCGGGGAGAAAGAGUACAUGCCUUUCAACAUCUAUGUGGUAGUGUUCCGCGAAGGCACGCUGAGUUUCAGCUACGCUACCAACUCCCAUGCCCAGCAUGUGAGGAAGAGAAUCACGAUGUUGAAGGACUAUGUCUCACUGAGUAGCGACUGGAUCUGCUACGCCCUGAUUGACGACAUUGUCGAUUCGUUUGCUCCCGAGAUCAGCAAACUCGAGAAAGAAACCGAUCAGAUCGAAGACGACGUGUUUAUUGCUCGAUCAGACGAUAUGGCCGAGUUUCUCAAGAAGAUUGGCAUUGCGCGCAAGAACGUCAUGGGCUUGAUGCGCUUGCUCGGCGGAAAAGCGGAUGUCCUCAAGGGCUUCACCAAGCGUUGCAACGAAAACUACAAGGUCACGCCGCGUAUGGACAUCGGUCUAUACCUCGGUGAUAUUCAGGACCACGUGGUAACCAUGAUGACCAACCUGGGCCACUUCGAAAAAAUGCUGUCUCGGGCGCACAGCAACUACCUCGCUCAAAUUUCUAUCGACGGCAUCACCCAGGGAACUGCUACGAACCGCGUCCUCAGCAAGAUUACUCUGCUGGCCUCCAUCAUCGUCCCGCUUAACGUGGUGACUGGCCUGUUCGGCAUGAACGUUUCAGUUCCAUGGCAAGAUGUUAAGAGCUUGGUUCCUUUUUUCUGUAUUCUGGCCUCUUUGCUUUCGUUCUGUAUCCUCUCAUACCUUUUUGCGAGGAAGAAGAGGUGGGUAUAA